AUGCGGAUGUUAUUUGUUUUUUCUUGUUAUCUAUCUCAGUUGACAUUUAUUUUGUUUAGAUAUAUUUUCUUUUCUUUCUCUUUCUUUCAUUCUUUCUUUCUUAAUACAUUGAUAUCUAUCUAUUUCACUCUCUUCCUAUCUAUCUAUCUAUCUAUCUAUCUAUCUAUCUAUCUAUCUAUCUAUCUCCUCCGUUCAUAUCUAUCUAUCUAUCGAACUCAUUCCGUUCAUAUCUAUCUAUCGAACUCAUUCCAUUCAUAUCUAUCUAUCUAUCUAUCUAUCUAUCUAUCUAUCUCACUCCGUUCAUAUCUAUCUAUCUAUCUAUCUGUCUCAUUCUGUUCAUAUCUAUCUAUCUAUCUAUCUAUCUAUCUAUCUAUCUAUCUAUCUAUCUAUCGAACUCAUUCCGUUCAUAUCUAUCUAUCGAACUCAUUCCAUUCAUAUAUCUAUCUAUCUAUCUAUCUAUCUAUCUAUCUAUCUAUCUCCGUUCAUAUCUAUCUAUCUAUCUAUCUAUCUAUCUCAUUCUGUAUCUAUCUCAUUCUGUUCUAUCUAUCUAUCUCAUUCUGUUCAUAUCUAUCUAUCUAUCUAUCUAUCUAUCUAUCUAUCUAUCUAUCUAUCUAUCUAUCUAUCUAUCUAUCUCACUCUGUUCAUAUUUAUCUAUCUAUCUAUUAA